AUGCUUAAUCCUUUUGUUUGGCUCACUUUGCUGAGUCUGUCGAUGCUGGUCGGGAGCUUUCUAGCCGGCAGUGUUCCGCUUUCCACAAAACUGUCCGAAGCCAAAUUACGCUAUUUAACUGCACUUGGUGUCGGGCUCUUACUUGGAUCAGCAUUGGUCGUCAUUAUUCCAGAAGGCAUCGAAACACUUUACGACAGUCAACGCCAUCUCUCUAGUGAUUCACACUCAAAACGACAAGAACAUGAUGAAGCAAGCCAUGCUGCAGUAGGAAUCACACUUGUACUUGGAUUCGCAAUGAUGUUUUUGAUUGACCAAGUCAGCUCUCUUCAUGUACACGCUUCUCAUCCAUCAGACGAAUACAAUGAACUUGACACAAUUCCAGAUUCUACGGACCCAAGUAACACCAACUCCAAUCUUUCUGCCCAAACGCGUUCAAUGACCCCCACAAUUGGAUUGAUUGUACACGCCGCGGCAGACGGUAUUGCGCUUGGUGCAUCUGCAACUCAUCCCACCCUGUCAAUGGUUGUAUUUGUUGCUAUUAUGCUCCACAAAGCCCCGGCUGCAUUUGCACUCACUACCGUAUUACUGGGUGAUGGAUUGUCCCGUGACAAGGUCCGAAAACAUUUAUUGAUCUUUUCACUUGCUGCACCUGUCGGUGCGCUCACAACUUAUCUGGCAUUACUUGUACUGCCAACAAAUGCUACUCCUGGUAAUCUCGAUUAUUGGACAGGAAUUCUGCUACUAUUUUCUGGUGGUACUUUUCUCUAUGUUGCUAUGCACGCUCUUCAGGAACUUCAACCUUCAGCGUCAGCCCAUUGUCGACCAUCCGACAAAUUGGGACGAACUCAUAUGGCAACUGUACUGGCUGGCAUGCUAUUGCCAAUUUUUCUAAACAUCAAUCAUGCUCACUAG